CGAGAAGGACCCCAUAGCCACGACGGGACUCAUUUUUUCAUGCACGCAUGUCAUAGGUGUGUCUCGACAUUGCAGAUUCGGCGUGAAUCAAGUCUCACGAAAAUAAACCAUGCUUCUGAAUGUUUCUUGUCGGGAACAUACAGGUCGCGUAAUAGUACUACGAGAAGGACACUUGCUGCACAUGCUGACUAUAUAAGUCAGCGCGAUAGUAUUAAGGAGCUCUGUGGCGUGGGUUUGUCUUUACACAGGAUAACGCAGGUGGACGCCGACACAACGGUGCUGCUCGAAGUCAAAGACUAUGUAUUGCAAAAGUUAUAGUGCACUCCUACUAAUGCUAAUCGCAAUCGCGCAUGUUGGCAGAUCCAUCUCCUUUCUAGCCGAACUCUACUACUACAUAGCAUUUCUCCAAAAGUCUGUCAUGUGCUUUGCACUGAUAUGUCACCAUCAGCUACUUUUGCCAUGCAUAAAGACCAGUGCACCAACAUUGACAUUGACUGGAAGCUCCGCACCGAGGCGCGUGACGCCGAAAUCGCCGCUGUCGCCAAGGCCAUCGAAAUCAUGACCUCGGACGAGACGCGCGGCGCGCUGCAGCCCAGCGAGUUCGGCCUCUUUGUGCAAACGCAGGCGCAGUCAAGCCUGAGCAGGAGCAAAAAGUUGGCGCAAAAGGUACUUAAAUGAAAAUUCAGUGCGCUAUUCUUUAUCCAGCCGAUUUUUGUUGA